UAAGGCUUUAAUAGUCCUGUUUUUGAGGCUAGAAUUGUGCAGUGGGGAGGGACAACAGGCUCUCAAGUGAUGCUUUGCCUCCCUCUAUUUAUUUUUAUGUCCCUGUCAUGAAAACAUGUACAUUUCUAUCAUGGGUACUGGUAGAGCAUUGUGGGAAAUGUAGGGCCUGAUGGGACUCUGGCCCUGGAGGGAAAUCUAUGGGAAUCUUAACUUUUGAACCCUGGGAAAGAGUCUGCUUUAGUCCUUUGAUUUAGUGUGAAAAGCCACAACCUUGCAGCUAUAGGAUCUUAAAUUCCUGUGAUAAGCAAUAAGGGAGUAAAACCUUCUCCGGUGUGUCUGAACCCAGGAAGUUAAUUGCCCUCUUGGAUGACUAAUGGGUAAACAAGGAACAUCUGUGAAACCUCAAUAAUAGAGGGAUGGGGCUAAUGUCAGUUAAUCUCUUGAUUGGUCAGUUUGAAUGAAAAUCAACCUUGAUUGGAUAAUUAGUUACAAUCCCCACGUGGAGCUAAGGUGUGCCUCAAGGCAUCUAAAGGAUUUAAACCCCAGGGAGAAAGGGGUUCUUCGUUCAACAACAUGAAGGGGAAAGUCUGUUUGUGUUAGUUGUUCCACAAGCUUGAGAACUGCUCAAGGCUGAUCGCUGUAGUCUGCCGGAGGGAGAGACUCAGCGUGGAUUCUACUCUUCUAAGUUAUAAGACAUGGACCGCCUCACUGCAGCCAACAGUGCCUUUGCCCUCAAUCUGUUCAAGAAGCUAAGUCAAAAUGAUAAUACAGCAAACGUGUUUUUUUCUCCUUUGAGCAUUUCUUCUGCUUUGACGAUGGUCUCUCUGGGUGCGGCAGGGAAUACUGCAACCCAAAUGGCAAAGGUGCUGUCUGUGACCAACGACGUCGAGUUUCACCAGGGAUACGAGAAACUUAUUUCUGAAAUCAACAAGCCAGGCACCAAGUACUUGCUUAGGCUAGCCAACAGGCUAUUUGGAGAAACAUCCUAUGAGUUUAUUUCAUCAUUUGUAGACUCCAGCCAGAAAUUCUAUCAAGCAGGUCUAGAGAAACUAGACUUCAUUAAAGCAUCAGAGGAUUCCAGGAAAUAUAUAAACAAUUGGGUGGAAGAACAGACAGCAAGUAAAAUUCAAAAUCUGCUCGCCCCAGGAAUAAUUGGCUCCCUUACAAGGCUGGUCUUGGUGAAUGCUAUCUAUUUCAAGGGAAACUGGGCAAAUCAGUUCCGCAAAGAUCACACAGAAGAAAAGCCGUUCAAAAUUAGCAAGAAUGAAAGCAAACCGGUGCAGAUGAUGUUCAAGAAGGCUAAAUUCAACAUGACCUACAUAUCACAACUUCGCACCAAAAUUCUUGAGAUUCCUUAUGUUGAUAACGAGCUCAGCAUGAUCAUCUUGCUUCCUGAUGAGAUUGCAGAUAAUUCUACAGGCCUGGAAAAGUUGGAGAGAGAAAUGACCUCUGAGAAACUCAAGGACUGGCUUAACCCUGAGAUGAUGGACCUAACUGAAGUUGAGCUGUCUCUACCCAAAUUUAAACUGGAGGAAAAAUACGACCUGAAGCCUGUUCUGAUCAGCCUGGGAAUGGCUGAGGCGUUUGACCCAAGCAAGGCAGAUUUCUCCAGGAUGUCUUCCAACAAUGACUUGGUUUUGUCUGAGGUUGUUCACAAAUCCUUCGUAGAGGUAAACGAAGAGGGAACAGAGGCUGCUGCUGCUACUGCUGCUGUUAUGAAUAUGCGGUGCGCUAGGUUUGUGCCGUGCGUCACAGCCGACCAUCCCUUUCUCUUCCUCAUUCGGCACAACAAAACACAAAGCAUUCUCUUCUAUGGUAGGUUUUGCUCUCCCUGAACAAUGGGUGUCCUGUAUGUGCAGCACAAACAUUCCCCGCUGCAGCCUGCUGGCAGUAUAUCAAGUUUUCGAUUUCUAAUCCUAUUAUUUCAAAGUCACAUUGUCUAAUCCCAAGUCUUCACUACUGUGCCUCUGCUUGUAACAGCUUUUCCCAACACUAUUCAUAUUUGUUUGACAGUUGUGCAUAAGGGGAUCACAUCUUAAAAUGGGCCAACUGAGAACUUCCUUAAACCCUACUCCGAAUGCACAUUGAUGCUUUGUGCGUGCCUUAUUUAGAAUAGGAGGCACUUGUAUCACAGACCAUUAGCAAUAUGGGUGAAGAUGAAGCAGAUUUUAUUAAUUGCACACCUCUUCAUCUUUUGCAUGCUCUUAAUAAAAACAUAGAGGGCUCGUUUUUUUACCAGGCAGCUUUGCUGCAAGUGCGAAAAUCUGUGAGGUCCAUUUUGUUCUUGACCUUUAUUUUCACAGGAUACUUCGGGGUGGGGUGGGGGAGGUGGUUUUGUUCUUAUAGAGGUAUUAGCAACCACCAAAAACAGCUUCUAUCAAAGGAGAUCCUACCAUAUAACCUCAUGUGCACUUGAUAAACAAACACAAUUGUUUAGAACCAGUUUCUGGCGUUUACACCAGCAUAUAAAUGUAAGAUCUUGGUAACCAAAGUGAAAAUGAAGAGCCUUAUUUAGUUAUUGCAGCGCAGAAAAUGUGCAAUGAUUUCUACAACACACAGAAAAUUUUGGCCUUGCGAAGAAUGCAGUACGUGAGCAGAAGUAUGAAUCUGAUGUUCGGUCUAUACAGUGUAUUCUUUGAUGUUACAUGCAAAAAAAGUAGUCACAGAAUUUUGACUUCGCAACCUGUAAGUCACAUUUAUGUAUGGAUGGAUUCAUGUAUUACUGGAUUUAAAAUAAAAAUGAAAUUGUUUUGUGUUCUGA